AUGAGUCGACAUUUUACUGCUGCUUUUUGUCUGGCUUUAGUUUGUCUCCCUUUGCUGUGCAGUUCAUGUCCUGCACAAUGCAGCUGCUUCUACCACAAAUUAAGCGACGGAUCAAAAGCAAGGAGUGUACUUUGCAAUGACCCAGAGAUCACUGUGGUUCCUCCAAAUUUUCCCAGUGACACAUCGAAGCUGCGAAUUGAAAAGACAGCAAUCACACGGAUUUCAAGUGACAACUUCCACUACCUCAACAACCUGGAGUUUUUGUGGAUGUCUUUUAAUUCACUGAAUUCCCUGAAUGCGGACAGUUUCCGGGGUCUGUACAACCUGGAUGAGCUCCGGCUAGAUGGCAACUCUCUGACCUCCUUCCCCUGGGAGUCUCUGACUGACAUGCCAACCCUGAGGCUCCUGGACUUACACAACAACAAGAUCUCCGCCAUCCCAGCCGAUGCCACUAUUUACAUAAAGAAUCUCACCUAUCUGGAUUUAUCCAGCAACACUCUUAACACAGUUCCCUCUGAAGUUCUCACAUUGUGGCUGAGUGUGAAGCCAUCCCAGGAAGCAGAUUCCUCUAAACUAAUUCUUGGUCUCCAUGACAAUCCGUGGAUGUGUGACUGCCGACUGUACGAUCUUGUCCAGUUUCAGAAAUCUCCAUCAUCAUCUGUUGCUCUCAUCGACACCAGGCUGCGGUGCGCUGAUCCAGAGAGUUUGUCAGGGGUUCUUUUCACUGAGGCAGAGCUGCAGAGGUGUCAGGGCCCACGGGUGCACACGGCCGUGGCUCGUGUACGCUCGUCACUGGGCAACAACGUCCUGCUGCGCUGUGGCACAGUUGGAGUCCCCAUUCCCGAGCUGUCCUGGAGCCGCGCUGAUGGCAAGAAGAUGAACGGCACCAUUCAGGAAGAGAUUUCGAAGGAGGGCAUCAUAUGGUCGAUUCUGAGUGUCCCUGCAGUCGCCUACAGAGAUUCUGGGAAAUAUGUGUGCAAAGCAACGAACUUCGUGGGCACUGCAGAUGCCAUUAUCUCUUUGGUGAUCACAGAUUCCAUUCAGUCGGAGGAAUCGAUUGCUGCUGUCUCCAAGAAAACAAGAGGGAAGAAACCUGGGGGCAUGGGAAGAGCGGCAUACCAGGAGAAACUUAUUGCCAGAUACGUUCCUCCACCAACCACCACUGCUGCUCGGCCCAUAAUCGAACCUCUAAAUAGCAAAGGAGUCACUGGGAAGUAUGAGAUUGAGAGCUACAGCAUCUCUGAUGGUGCUUCUAAGGGUAAAGGCAAGGCAGCAGACCCUCAGAAACCGGUGGCCGCUCUGAGCAACCUAGCAGCCAAUGCCUCAUCCUUACAGCAAGUUCCGGAGAAAAGGGUAGUACGCUCGGUGAAAGUGAUUGGCGACACGGACCAUACUGUCUCUUUGAACUGGCGAGCCCCUACAGCCACAAACAUCACAGAAUUCAGCGUCCUUUAUGCUGUAUUUGGCGAGAGAGACAUGCGUCGGCUGAACGUAGCCGCCGGGAAGAACCGAAUCACCAUUGCCAGUCUUGUGCCUAAAACAAAGUACAUUGCUUGUGUUUGCGUCAAGGGCCUGAUCCCGAAAAAGGAGCAGUGUGUAAUCUUCUCAACAGAUGAAGCAGCCAGUGCUAGCGGCACUCAGAAGCUCAUUAAUGUGGUGGUGAUAACAGUGGCAUGUGUGAUCGCUGUCCCCCUGACACUGAUCGUGUGCUGCGGGGCGUUAAAAAAGCGCUGCAAAAAGCUGCUGGGGCGAGAGUCCAAAGAAAUUCAGGACUCAUACGUGACAUUUGAGACCCUGGGCCCCGGGGCCAAAGGUAAAGGGGUGGAGGGCGAGUAUCUGACCAGGAUGAACCCUGAUGAAUCCAACAGGUUGCUCUCAGCGAGGUCCAGCGUUGACUCCGAGUCCACAGCCAGGAACGAGGGGCCACCUAACGAGUACUUCUGCUAA